AUGGACCCGGCUCAGCUUCUUGCUUCUUUCAAGCAUGUUCAGCAACGGCUCUCCCAAAACUUCCAAGAUCGUCUUGCGAUGGACCGUCCCGUCUACUCGACUCCUCCUCCCGUCGAAUCCACGCCUCAAAAUAACGAGUGCCGACUUGUCGAAGUCCACGGCCACAAAAUUGCUGCGUUCACAAUCAACCAUGAAGAAUACAUCUGCUUGCCACAGGCAUUCGAAAUCUUCCUCAAACACCUCGUCGGUGGCCUACACACCGUCUACACAAAGCUGAAGCGGCUCUCAAUCACUCCGCUUGUCUGCAAUGUCGAACAGGUGCGAACGCUACGAGGUCUUGGAGCCAUCCAGCCUGGAGUGAAUCGAUGCAAGCUGAUCACUAGAAGGGAUUUUGAAACGCUCUACCAAGACUGUACUACUUCCAGCAGACCCGGACGACCACCAAAACGAUUCCUCCCCCCUCACUUUUCUCCCACUCCUCCAAUCCUUGGAGCGACACCUCCCAAGAUGCCGAAGACGUCCUUUGAAGAAUCUCUACCCACCGCUACAAUCGACGAAUUCAAAGGCGACGACGACGAAGCGAGCAACAAGGCCGGCUCCGACGAGGAAAUCACCACCUCUCCCUCCGCCCAGGCGAUUUCUACCUCCGCUCCCGCCCUACCCGGCGCUCAAUCCGGCAUCUACGCCAAGGCCCAAGAAGCCCUCCGCGCCCACUACCAACACAUGGGCCUCCUUGGCGCUCAGAAUGGAACAGCAGCUCAAAAUGGAGUUCCUCCAACUUCGGCGCCGGUCAACGUUGGUGCUGCUUUUGGAGCCGCUGGAGCGGCCCUUGGUCUGCCUACUCCGCUCAUGGCCGCGCAGAUGAGAGGCGCGGAGAAUGGAAUCGAAGCGGGAAAGAAGGAAAAUCAGAAUAAUGCCUAUCCGAAUUGCUCGCCUAGGUCUCCUUCUGAGCGAGCUACAGCAGCCCGGCGCGUACCGGAAAUGUUGGAGCGCUUGGACGAGAUGAUCUCGGAGCCGGAGGAAAGCGAGUCUAUUCUAGUGCUGGCUUCUAAAUUGGCUACAUAUGCAGCGGAAAAUGCUAGAAAGCGGAAUCAAGAAGCUAGAGCUGAGCUUGAAAAACUACGAGAACUCUACGAAAACGAGCGUCGACAACGAGAAUCCGCAGAAAAGAAGCUUGAGCAAUCCGCAAAAAGCUCACGUCGGCUAUUCCGCAUCAUCAAAAACCUGCGUCAAUCACGUGGAAUCGCGGGGGCUAAAAACGAAGAAUCUCCAUCCAAAUUCUCCCGAUCCUCGGCAGAAGAAGUCGUCGACGAGGACGAAAACUAUUCCCCAUCUUGCGGCGGAAAUCUGACGAUUCAUUCGCAAGUUGAAUUUCACAAGAUCCAGCAGCCUCACGUGGCGUAA